CCUGCCCCUGCCUCUUAGCAUGAAGUUCGUCGCCGCCGCCCUCGCGCUCGUCAGCGCCCUCGCGCUCGUCGCCGCUGCCGACGACCGCCAGACGAUCGACUUUACCGACGCCGACGGCGGCGAGGGUUUCUGCAAGAAGUGGAAGUGCGCCUGCAUCAACUACGUGCCCAACGACUCGAGCCUCUACUUCCAGGCGGCCUACUGCCAGCCCGGCGACGCACGCAACAACGCGCGCGACACGACGGCGCGUGUCUUCUGCUCGUUCACUGACGGCACCAACAAGAAGCUCGUCAACAAGCACAUCGCGGCGGCCACGGGCGGCCACCUGCACCAGUACUAAGCAUGCGCACGGCUGGGCGCCCACGCCGCAGCGACUGGAGCUGCGCAGCAAUGUCCCAGCUCCGCACAUAUACUUUCGUCUACACCCCAUGGCGCACGACCUGAAUGGCACGCUCCUUUUGCGGCGCUGCGAGGCAGACAUGGCCUCUGACUGAGGUCGGGCUACGCUGUUGAGAGUGCCGUGCCGCGAAUGCCGUCCAGGACCGGUGGGAAGGAGCGCAGCUGCGUGGCCCCGUGCUGCAGCUCGCAGACUUGGACGCCCAUGACAGAGACGGCAGUCCCCAGAGCUCGGCCCUCGCGAGGUCACGCAGUCUAGUCAAACGUGCAUGCUGGGAUCGGCGAUGCAGCCCGAGCAGCUCUCGUGUGCGGCUGCCCCGCAGCCCGGCCGCUAGCCGCGGCCAGGCACGUCCGAGCCAGAACGUGCCUCGAAGAGGAGUUUGCUGGCUGCCUGUGUCCGAU